AUGUGCAAUAUGACAUUUCAAAUUACAACCUCGCAAGAUACCCAAGACAAUGUAAAUAAAGAUGCAGUGAUAGGUGUAACGUCAAUCGGCUCAGCAUUUGCUCAUUUAGAACAAAUUAGUGUCUCUCUAGACAUACCAUGUAUGUCACAGAGACUUUACAGUAAAGUUCACGAUAAAAUUUCUGAUGCUUUGGAGGAAACGAGUAUGCAAAUAAUGAAAGACGCUGCCGAAGAAAAGCGAAGGUUAGCAAUUGCUGAAGGUGAUGUGGACAAGAAUAGAACACCUUUAAUAACUAUCGUUGUAGACGAUGGAUGUGAAAGUUACGGUCAGAAAUGUGAAAAGCCUGACAUGACUGGCUCAGAAUAUUUAGAAGCUAAAACUAAAUUUCUAGGAGAAAUUAAAAAAAAUAAUGAAGAAAUCUUAGAAAUAGAAAGCUUAACACGGGAGCAGGCAGAUUCCGAUAUUUGGGUUUUGGAAAGAAGAAAACGUCUGAUUGCUGCUAUGUUUGGAUCAUCACCUGUUCCUGGCACCAGUAAAUAUACACUUUUUGUCGAAGAAAGACGAACUCCAAUACUUUUUGCUAAUACAGCAACAAUCCCAACUAUUGUGGCAUCAUCAAAGCCAGGUCAAAGGAAAAGAAAACAAAACGCUACCAUAUUGACAGCAACUCCCUUGAAAGAUAUAUUAGAUGAGAAAGAAAAGAAAAAAGCUGAGAGCAAUAAAAUUGGAAAAUAA